CCGAGGUUGGAAACUGGGGUGGAGGCCCGGAGUCCUACGUCGCCAGCGGCUGGGAAGAGGCACCGCCCAUCAGUCAGAUUGCUGCCUUUCGGCGAUCACCUGACCUCGUUCGAACGGGGGCCUGUGUCAGAGGAAGCGCAAUGGAGGCCAUUGCAAAGAACCGCCAAACGUGCGCACUUUCUUUACCCCGUGCCACGAUCGGUUGGGCGAAUGGGGUGAUGGGUCCCCAUCUAACCGGUGGGGCAGUUGUUUCACCCUGUGGUGUCUCGACCUCCGUGGUCUUUGUGGGCCUGGGGGCGACGUCAGACACAAAGGGUGCAGAAGUGGGCAGCGGCGAGGGGUCAUCCAGACGCCAGUUGUCGUCAUCAGAUGGUCGCGGAGGGGAUGGUGAAGAAGUGGGACCUGGAACACGUGGGUGCGGUGGGAAGUCUGGGUCGAGGACUGGCCAUGGGGCUCCGAUGAUUACGGUGGCAGGCACGCGGCGGCGUCGGCUAUGUCUCCCUGUCGUGGCAAUCCGUCGGGAUGAAGGUCGCGACGAGCCCCCGCAGAAUUCCACUUUGAGGCGGCAAUUUGACGAGUUUGACCGCAAUCGAUCCGGUGCUAUUGGCGAGGAGGAAUUAAGGAGAGCUGUGGAGAAGCUGAGACUCCCCGUCUCUCGGAAGGACGUGAAGGAGUAUGUGCAGAAGGCGGGCGGUCGUGUGACGUUUGAUCAGUUUGCGGAGUUCACGAGGGGAUUGGAGGACAGGCUGCAUGCCACAUUCAAGGAGCUGGACAAACGACAGAGGGGUGUUGUGUCCAAGGAGGUUAUUCCAGAGGCUCUGAAGAGGUUCAACCUGCCGCCUAGGAAGGUGUAUCAGGAUGAUCGGCUGGUGAGCGCCAGCGUGGGCAAGCCUCCGUCCGAAGGGUUUGGGUUCGAAGACUUGCGGAAGUACCUGCUGUGGGCGAGGGAUGCUGAAGAGGUUGUGGGCUCACCAGCACGCGCUGGAACUGCGAUUGACUUCGGCGGAGAUUUCGACUGCAACUUGCCCCUCGCUCUCGAGAAGCGUGGCGUGAUGCCCAACCUUCGCUUCCCUGAGGUGCGAACCAUGAGAGACGUGGUCGCCGCCUCUAUCUCCGGCGCAGUCGCUCGAACCGUCGUCGGUCCCCUAGAAAGGAUGAGGAUCAUGCAGAUGGUUGAUCCCAGUCUGGCGAGGCAGGACCCUCGCGUGUUAUUGAACCGGAUCCGGACGGCCGAGGGUGACAGAGGGCUUCUGAGAGGUAAUCUCCUCAACGUUCUUCGGCUGUAUCCGGCCAAGUUGGUGGAGGCGCUAGUCUACAGGGCGUUGACCAAUCGGUUUGACCCAACUAGGCAAGGCACAGCAGGUCCGGCGAAGAAACGAGGCGGUGCGGAUGCUGCGGAGGGGCAGAGACGGCAGGGAUGGAUGAUGCCUGAUUGGCAGCGAAACGCGAUCGCGACGCUGGCAUCAACGGCCGGAAUUCUUACCUCGUAUCCUAUCGACACACUAAGAGUUGCAGUGCAAGCGCCGAUCCGCGGGCUGGGGGCGGCGGCGGGGGCAGUGACGGAGGCAGUUCGGGAUACCGUUGGGGGAGUGGGUGGGAAUGGAGGUCGAGGUGUGGGCGGCGCCGGGACACCGGGGACAGGUGGCAGAGGUGUUGGAGUAGUGGCCGGGGCAGACGGAAGAGGGGCUGGCGACAUCGGGAGAGCGAUCAUGAGACGCCGAGGCGUAAGGGGGUUCUACGACGGCAUAGCUCCGCAGAUCCUUCGCACCAUUCCUUACUUUAUCCUCAGCGGGUAUGCCUUUUCCACAGUGGAGCGCUGGUACAAGAAGAGACAAGGCCGUGCGGAUGCAGAGCCUGGGCCAGUGGCAAUCGUAUUGAUAGCCACGGCGGCUGCGCUGUGUGCCCAAACCGCGCUCUAUCCUUUGGAGACCGUUCAGAGGCGCAUGCAGUUGCAAGCAGCCAUGGGACCCGCCGCAGGACGGGUUUACUCCGGCAUGAUGGACGCCGUCAGGGAGAUCAUCAGGAGAGAGGGAGUUGGCGCGCUGUACGGCGGACUGGCGGUCAACAACCUGAAGCUCCUCCCAGCGGCCGCCGUCUCUUUCGCGAUCCACAACUCCGCUCGGAAUCUCUGCGACGCCUACUAGAAUUCGCUGUGUGUGUGUGUUUAGGGUCUACUCUCGUAUUCCACGCAAGAUGUGGGGAGGAGGAGGAGGAAGAGGACGCGGAGGGACUCAGGGGAGCGUGUAACGAGAAGGAAGUUUCUGAAAGCGUGUGCCUCGUGCAGAUAGAACGUCGAAAUCGCGUCGUACGAAUGAAGAUAGACGUGGAUUUCGAAGAGAGAGACUUGCGUCGUACGAAAAACGACGAGGAUCAAUAUGGCUUUCGAAGCGGCUGUUAGGUUCAUUUCGCGAAUUCGAGGGUGAGGGCGCGAUAAACGUAGUGGGAUGGGGGAGAGGGAAGAAGGGUUGACUGGGGUUUAGGGUAAGGAGAGAGAGAGAGAGAGAGAGAGAGAGAGAGAGAGAGAGAGAGAGAUUGCCGAUCAUGUAUUGGAGGGAGAGAGGUGAUAACCAAAAUAGUGGAAGCUGUCGUUCAACUGGAGGAAGAUCGCAACUGGAGGAAGAUCGAAAGCGUUGGAGAGAGAGAGAGAGAGAGAGAGAGAGAGAGAUUGCCGAUCAUGCAGUGGAGGAGGGAGAGAGGUGAUAACCAAAAUAGGCGAAGCUGUCGUUCAACUGGAGGAAGAACGAAAGUGUUGCCUUCCUGUCCUAAUAGAGGGCGUCAAUUGGUUGAAUCAAUCGUUGGGGGUAUAUAUGUCCAUGCGGCGAGCCUCGAACAUUGUAGAACUGACGUAGGCUAGUAUGGACAUAUUACGUGUAUUUGUCAAUGUAAUGAUAUGCCCUGUAUUUGUUGUAAAUGUCAUAUCGGGGCUAAAAUAACGAGUCGCAGUACGUUGCUUGAUGGUCAGGGGAGUGCCUAGAGUUCAUUGUGCUUGCGAUGUAAUCCCCGAAGGAACCGGUCUGAGAUAUUUCAGAGUUUGAACGUCGAUAAUUCAGAGUACCAACGUCAUUCCUCGUGUGCCAUCCGGAUUCUAGAUCCGGUCUGUGUUUUAGGAAUGUAAGGUUCCACGAACUGAGGAAGUUUUAUCGUUCUAAAAGUCUUAAUCUAGAGCACCUGUGAG